AUGUCGUCACACAGGCUUGAUCAUGUUCGGAGACCGAGGCUUGUCGAAGUAAAGAUCCCGCCUCAGACUGUCCCAUCUUCGACGUCGCCAGAGUCAGCAAUCCUCGAUAGCCCCAUUGUCGCACCUUCCAGAUCAAUGAUCCCGAAGCCGACCAACGUCUCGACUGAGCGCACAAGGAGGCCAUCUACCGGAGCCAGCGAAGACGAACAACCAACAAUUCGCCCCUAUGCAAAGUCGUCUAGACCAAACGACGAUGCUCGUUCCUCAGGACUACCACGACCGGCCGGAAAUUUCUCAUCGCAUCUGCCACCCCGACGCCCCUCUGAGAAUUCCACCGCUACAAGUCGUUCCGUCCUCUCAUCGGCUUCUCCUAUCACUCCUAUCACUCCCAAGACCGACAGAUUGGGACUUUCAGGAGAUCGGCCGCGAAAUGUCCUCCGCAGGAAGGCUCCCUUCAGGAAGGAGAAUGGCGCUUUCAGCAUAGGGACCACGGCCUCCCGCAAGGUCGAAGACACGCAGCCGGCAGCAGCCGCAACAAGUUCCGUCGCGACGUCCGGUUCCGCAGAGCAGAGUGUUGGUCAUGUGUCUGUCUCUGCUCAAGACCCAUCUCAAUCACGGCCAGCUGAUUCCGCGUCAGCCAUGGCCUCGAAGCUUCCGAGAUUGAAGACCCCAAACCCCAUUGAAGAAUCUUCGACCCGUCCGAUUCCGAAGGAACUCGCAGGCCUUUCGACGGUCGUCAAUACGCACAAUCUUCCUCCCCCACCGACACCCAACUUCGCCUCCGCAGGUAGCCCUUCUACGCGGUAUUCUGAGUCUCCCGGGAUGUGGAGCAGCAGGGGUUCGACACCGACUUCUCUCUCCUCAUAUUCUCCCGGUAUCGUUCAACCUGCCCAAGUAGGUUACCGGUUGAGACAACCAAGUCCCACCCUGGUCCGAAAACCGAUCAUUUCACGUCCAUUAACAAGCAGUCAGCAGGCGGAAAGGGAGGAGCACAAGAGUGUCGGGCCUCAAACGUCCCCUGGAGUUUCAGACUCCAAUCCGGGAACUGAGCAAGGAAGACCCGUCCACGUGAGUGGAACCAACAGUAGUCCAGAGAACCCUACAAGUCCUCCGCCGCGCAAGUCGUCCGUGGAAUUUAAGUCACCGAAGCAAAAAGAUGACGAAGAACACCAACAGGCUCGCAAAGACCAGGCCGUUGAAGAUGCCGAAGGACAUGUCUUUGGCUCUGAGCUUCAACGUGAGGCGACAACUGGUCAAUCCCCGACAAGCAAGAGUCCUGUGGCACCCCGGCGACCCAGUCGUCAAGGGACUGAUGAUUUGGAAUUGCAACCGUCACCAGUUAUCAAAAGCAAUUUGAUGACCUUGAGGACGACCGGCCAUACCCGGCGCGAGUCAGCGGAAAAACUUCAUCUUGGAGAACGCCCGCGUCCGUUGCCCACUCCAUCAGCUGGCGCUUCUGUCGAAUCGCUUCAAUCAAAUGCUUCCUCCCGUAUUGCCUCUCGUACUGAGAAGCCAUCGCAAAUUCCCAAGCGGCCCGCACGCACUUUGACAAAAUCACCGAAAGCCUCGAAGGACGCACAGGGUACGAGCUCAACAAGGCGAUUUGGUCUUUUCAGUAAGAAGUCCAAGGUCGAAUUGGCCGGAGGGAACCCCAGUCAACCGGAAAAACAGACUCGCAAAGGACCAGCAGCAGGAACCGGUCACGAAGGGUAUGGCAAGUACGCACAUCGUGGCCGUAGGACAAGCAUCAGCAGCAACAGCGGGACCAGAGCACGAUCCACAAGCACAACCAGGAGUGGCGCCAGGUCUAUCUCCAGCAGGAAGGGCAGCGUGAGCAGUCGUCCGGAUCUAGAAAUCGAUGACUUCCUACUUGAUCGUCUGGAGCCUGUUAUCAUCAACGGAGGAGGAAUGGACCAGGCGGAACUCGUUCGAACGCAGAGCGGUCAGAGCACGAGCAAUCUCAGUGUUACAUCGAUGUCGGCUCACCAGACGGCGAAGGAAACGCAACCCCUUGGCGGAUUUUCGUCAGAAUCUCUCGUCUCAUCGACAGAGCCCUUUGCGCAGCCGCCACGCUUUUUGAGAUCGGACAGCCAUCUGCCUUCCCAAGUCGAAGAGGGGAGACAGGCCGCUCUUAAGGAUCGUUCGUUUCAACCACCACAGAAAUUUGAAACGGAUACGGCUGAAAAGGGCAGCAUGUCUCAGGAUGAGCCCACUUUUUCUGCCUUACCCCAGAUCAGCACUGAAGCUCCUAGUGCGAGAGAAGCCUCUGACUCUGAAGCUGGAAACAAACCAAAAAAGUCUGAUAAGCGAGGAAAAGGCAUGGUGUGGAAUUUCUUCUACAGAACCCAUUCUGCGGGUCAGAAAGUACCUUCUCCUCCAGCGUCAGCUUCUCAUCCAACGACUGAACUUCAUGCCACUGUCACACCAGUUUCUAAUAACAGGUCUGUCGCGCAUUAUGCACUUAUUGAUGGUGACUCUAAUUCACUGGAGGAAAUCUUACGUCGGGUGGAAGAGUCGCCACCAACUGAAGAGGAGAAUGCGCCGUCAUCUGACACUACCGCUGACCCAGAUAUGAAGAAGCCCCAUGGGUCGUCCGUCUUGCUCCCAUCCCCGCCUGCUCUGUGGACUGAAUACUCCAAUUCCAGGGAAGUCCGUUCUGCAUCACCUAAGGUGUUCUUUCAAAAGGACGUCAACGAGGAUAAUGUCCAGCCGAGCCAACCGCGUCUUAGUCGAUUGACCCCCGUGGGGCGCAUACCUCAAGUAGUGUCAAGAAGAGACAGAGAUCACAAACCCGCGGCUGAAUCAUUCUCCCGGCCAUUCAGCCGCGAUGAGGCGCCAUCCUUGACAAUCACAGCCAAUUCCCAGCCAGAUGUUUAUUAUUCGUCUAGCCGUCCACCCCUUGGUGUCCAAACCGAUGUACUUCCAAGCAAACCGUUCGGGCCUGAACCUGAUACUCCCAAGCCAUCUAGUGAUGCUGUGCCCAAUGAAGGGAUGAAAUUUGCUUCUGGGGCAUACGCAUCCAACGAGUUCCUGCAAUUUUCUCCGAGAAAACAAUCACGGGUCUCAAGUUCGACCGAGUCUGAAGAUACAAUCAUGAAAGCCGUGACUGCAAUGGGCCCUCGAUCUGACUGGAAGCCUACUGAGGAUGAAGUAUGGACCGAAUACGAUGAUCUGCUUGACAGUGUGGCAUUGCCAGAAAGCGGCGUCUUACAACAGCAGCCCAAAUCUGAUGAAGGGGGGCCAUUCGAAAUGGUGACAAAGGCCAGCAAGACUCUGCAAGCUGAGUUGAACGCAUCAAGUGACGAUGCUGCUGUCCCUGAAACACCCAGCGUUGUGCCACCUCCAGCAUCUGCGAGGUCCUGUGACGGUUCUGUGCGGCUUCGCCGCUCAAAUAUUGCAUCAGCCCUUCACUCUGGGUCACCAUCUCCUCAGGUAUCAUGUAACGAGCUCACCGCCGGGUGUGGAGAAGAAACGAAGAGCAGUCAGGACGCGGCCAAUUCGGAUAGGCCUUCGGAACCGACCCAAACGAAUGACCCAUCAAUUGAGCUUCGACCCUCUACCCCGACAACCGUUCCUGAUUUCGAGUCUACUCGCCGUCGCAAUACCGUGCUAUUCGAUAUUGCCGAACGAGAUCGUGAAGGCACCGCGGCACAGACUAAUCUUCGGUCAGCUUCACUCAUGACGAGUCGCUGGCUAUCCUUCGGACGGGUGCUCUUCAGCCCGGCACACAAUCGGGUCAAGUCGACGGAUCAGGAACGCAUCCUGGUCAUUGAUGGGCUAGGGAACGAUGACUGGUCAUAUUACUGUGCGCUGACGUAUCCCAACGCAAAUGUAUACAGCCUCAGUAUGAGACAGACGUCGUCAACAUCCACGCAUCCAGCCGCGUGGCAGCCGCCUGAGAAUCACCAUCUCAUUCCCCACACCAGCGUUGACUCACCGUUUCCGUUUCCAAAGGGGUUCUUUACAGUUUGUAUUCUACGUUUUCCUGCAGCCUGUUCUGAAUAUGGGCAACGGAAUAUCAUCUCGGAAUGCAAGCGGGUCCUGCGGCCGGGUGGCUACUUGGAGAUGAGCAUUCUUGACUUGGAUCUCGUGAAUAUGGGAAAUCGAACGAGGAAAGCGGUGCGGAUGCUCAAGGAAAGGAUCUACCUUGCCGAUCCAAGCAUAAGCCUCAAGCCGGCCAGUGACAAUAUUCAGAAACUCUUGGGAACAUUUGGCUUCGACAAUCUGAAGCGCUGCAUGGUGAGCGUGCCGGUGUCAGGGGUGAUAGUUGGGUCCUCUGACUCUUCCAACUCGAACCACUCGGCUUCCACUCCGACUCCUAAAACGUCGACGGGACCCUCGUCAAAUCCAGCUUCGGCAACAGAAUCACAGUCACGCAAGAGGACGUCUUCUGAUACGGUGGAACAAUCCCUUGGUGAUCUUCUCUCUGACCCAUCUCCUUCAGCGUCGAACGAUGAGUAUAUUGCAAGGAUGGUGGCUCGAGUCGGACGUUGGUGGUAUACCCGGUGUUACGAAAUCCCCGUUCUGUCGGAUGGCGCCUUUGACCGCAGCAUUUGGGCUGACCGGAAGCUCCUCCGGGAGUGCCAGAAGCGCGGCACAGGAUUCAGACUGCUUAUUGCGUAUGCCCAGAAACCCAACGAAAAGAGAAGAACGGCCAUACAAAAUUGCAAUACGGAAAGACAAAAGACACAUCAUGGACCUCGCGGUCCGUCUCUACUUGCAUGGAGGUCUCGUGACAGUUUCUGCUUGUUUGUCAGUGUUUACCGAGUCAAGUUGUCUAGAUCUCUUGAUGAUUUCAUUAUUUGGAAUGUUCUUUUGUUCUUGUUGCAUGAGAUACCAAUUUUCAAUGAUCAACAGCUGUGCUGGUUGUUUAUUAUUUAUUCCCUGUCUUAUAUUACUAAGAUAAAGACAUGGAGUAACAGUAUCCAAGCCAAUCAACUAUUACUAUAUUUCCCAGCUCCCAGGGACACACUUGCGCACCAGAAUGCUUCUGAUGCUACAUGUACUGACUCAGCAUCCUGUGUGACCUUUUCACUCACAUGGUCUAGCGAGUGCAAGUCCAGACAAUCACAUUAUUUUAUUUUAUUUCUAUACUUCAUAUGCCUAUACCGCGGCAUGUCUAUUGCUAUAAGCUUCUCUGCUGGUAUGUUUUCUAUCCAUUCUUCCAGGUACGCGGAUCACCCCAGAAUUUUCCAAUAUCAGCUGAAAGAAAAAGAAUCUGGGGCAUGGACUAUAUCAGGGGAUGUUUUACCUGCCUUGAGUGUGAGAUUUUAG